CCGGGGGGCGUGGGGGCAGGGACUGGAUUCCCGGCGGAACCGGCUACAUCCGAGUCAGCCCCCGAGUGUGGCGGCCAGCGCUUUCUCGCCCCAGCCCGCCAAGGGUGGGGUUUGGCCCGCGAGGGGCGCUGGAAGUGGCCAGGCCGGAGGAAUUCCUUCCAUUUCCCCGCUGGCUUCCAGGAGUUAGGGAGCUCGGCUGCCAGGAUGCCGAGCCGGGAGGGACCAGAGUUGCCCGGUGCAACCCCUUCGUGGGACUGAGCUGAGAAGCCGAGCCUGGAGAGGGUCUCGUGGAGUCAGGAGCGGACCUGGGAUUAGAAGUGCUGCAGAGGUGGCAUCUCCAGUGGUUUCCAGUGGAAUAAUAAUUUGGGUUGGGGGCUAGUAUUAGGGGUGUGCUGGGAAAAGGAAGGCUGGGCAGAGGUAGGUGGAUUGAGAAUAGUUAUGCCCAAAGUGUGCUGAUGUAGUAGGAGGCUUCAGUGGUGACUUCAGGCUUGGUCCUAGACCCACACCAAGUGAAUUGGUUGAAGACUUGAAAGGGAAGCCAGCCGACUCUUUGUAGUGACCUAGAGGUGAGAGGAAUGACAAUGACAAAUGUAUAGUACGGUAAAGCCAAGGUUCCAAGCGAUGGCAGCCAGGCAGAAGGAUGGACCAAGUCUAGCAGGACGAAUGAGACUGAUUAUGGAUGUUGAGGCCUGUGCUGGAGUUAAGAAAACGAGCUGAGAGGUUCAACCCAGCAACUCAGGCCCUGGAGCUUCCCACUGGCUCUCUGGUGUUGGCUGUCAGAUUGCUCUGUGCCCACUAAGCAGGUCCAAGGAGGGAAGGGGGUUGCCUGACCCUGGGCUCCCUGGUUGGGCUCCCUGGGUUCUAAUCCUAGCUUUGUCACUUCCUAGCUGUGUGACCUUGGACAGGUUGCUUAACGUUUCUGUGCCUUAGUUUCCUCCUUGUUAAAACGUUCAUAAUAAGAAUAAUGCUUUUCUCACCGUGUUGUGAGGCUAGAAUGAGAACAUGAGUGUAAAGCGCUUGGUGUUCAACGAAUAUUAGCUGCUGUUGUUAUUGUUGGUAAUGGUAAUAUUGCCCAUUUUUGGGGGGGGACAUUGGCCAAUGCAGAGUUUAUGCCAUCAGGAAGCCACUAGGGCUGCAGAGGGUCUGUCAUUCAUGUCCUGUUGCAAGGAGUUCAGAUAAGAAAAGACUCAGUUGAUAGGAGGGAGGAGAAGGAGGUUUCAGGUGGGUUCAUGCGGGGCUGGGGGCUCCUGUGUCAGUCGUGACUCAACAUAGGAGGGAACCCUUGGAGUUUGGGUCUGCCCCCAAGUGGAGGGGACAGCUCCUUAGCUGCAGUGUUCUCCCUGCCUCCUUCCAGGUGACUGGCUGACCCUCCUCCUAAACCCUUCCUGAUGCAGGCACGUCUGAGUUCCCCUCUCCCGCAUUCCACAAAUACUUAACUGAGCACCUGUUAGUACUGAGCUCUGGUUUGGAGACUGAACUCUGCAGCAAUGGAGAGACACGUAAACAAACGCACAGCAUUAGUCCUAUGGCGAUGAUAAAAAUAGGUUCAUGUGGCGGGGUGGGAGUGGAGGUGAAAUGGGAAUGGAAACCUGAUUGAUGAGGAGGCGCUAGCCACACAGAUAUCGCAGGCAGUGACUUUCCUGGCAGAAGGAACAGCCAAUGCAGAGGCUCUGCGUGGGGAAAGAGAGCCCAUGGGGCUGGAGCACAGCAGGGAAGGGGAGCUGGAGAGCAGGGGCUGGGUGCUGAAGUCUGGCCUGAGGCGCCCACUUCCUUUGGGGGGGAAUCACUUUCUCCUCCUCCAAGCCCACUCAGCCCCUGGAUUGUCCUCUGCACAGGGCUGACUGUAACCAAUCUUGAUUCAUUCCUGCAUCGUAACCUCCUGGGGCCCGGGGAUCUUGAUUUGCUGCUUCUUGGAUCUCCCACUGUUUGAGGCUCACUGUCUGGCUCACAGUAGGCCCUCAGUAAAUGCUUGUGGAAUGACUGUUGAGGAUGGGAUUUUGAUGGAGGGCAGGAGAUGGGAUCAGAUGCCUGCUCUAAGAUGUUGUGAAUCACUUUCUGGGCACCAACUGGAUCCCCGACUCUGACCCCUGUUCUCAGAUAUAGGGUCUUCCUGGGCACUCAGGUUGGGCCUGACUGUGGUAAGAGGUGUUUGGCCCUCCCUACCCUUUGUCCUCAGCUGUGGGCUGGAAGGGAGAAAAGGGAAGGUUGGUGGGGUCGGGGAUGGGGGGAGGCUAGGGCAUGACCGCAGACCGUUUCUGGGGUACGGGAAGAUGACAGGGUCAUUCUGGGAAGCAGGUGUAGGCUGUGGGCUGGGCCAGGUUUGCAGCCUGGUUUUGCCUUCUGUGUGGGGUUGGACUCCCUCCAGAUGAUCCAGACCGCCUUCCCCUUCUUCAUGCCCUGCUCCCCAUUAUACCCACAGGGAUAUCGGGGUGCUAAUAGCUCUGUAAAAGGAGAAUCUGGGUACCAUGGGCUAGAGGAACUCCCCUAAGCCUGUGGACCCUGGGACAGAGGUUAGGAGGGUGAAGGAGUCCAUCACCUACCCUCUGGGACCCCUCCUCCUCACUCCCUCUACCUGCCACCGUGGAAGCAUCUACUUCUCUUUUCCCAGAUCUCAUCGGCCUGAAGGGCAUCCUGAUAACCAGGGAAGAUCACGCCUUGUCUGGUCCUGCCCUCACCUUGGGGCCCAGUCAAGAGAGGAGAGGGCUGAGUAAGGGCCUCCACUGUGGACAGAGGCCAGCCCCAGCCCCUCCCUGGUGUCGGCGCCUUCUGCCAGGCCCCGAAGGCCCGAGGGAUGGUCGAGUGUUGUUCGAGGACUGUUGGUCCAUCCAGAGUGGGCUUCCUGAGGCCACCGGGAAGAGUCCCCAACCAAUCCCGGGAUUCUCCCUUGGUGCAGUUGUCCAGGCCCUCAGAGAAUCAAAGCAGAUCGUGUGGAGGAAGCUGAGAUGCCCUGUAUCCAAGCCCAGUAUGGGACACCAGCAUCAAGCCCAGGACCCCGUGACCCCCUGACCCCUGAGCUCAGCAAGCCCACCAUGGACCUGGCCAGCCCUGAGGCGGCCCCCACUGUCCCCACUGCCUUGCCCAGCUUCAGCACCUUCAUGGACGGCUACACGGGGGAGUUUGACACCUUCCUGUACCAGCUGCCGGGAACAGCCCAGCCGUGCUCCUCGGCCUCCUCCUCGGCCUCCUCCACAUCUUCAUCGUCAGCCACCUCCCCUGCCUCCGCUUCGUUCAAGUUCGAGGACUUCCAGGUGUUCGGCUGCUACCCCGGCACCUUGAGCGGCCCUCUCGACGAGACCCUGUCCUCCAGCGGCUCCGACUACUAUGGCAGCCCCUGCUCAGCCCCAUCACCGUCCACGCCCAGCUUCCAGCCGCCACAGCUCUCUCCCUGGGACGGCUCCUUCGGCCCCUUCUCGCCCAGCCAGACUUAUGAAGGCAUGCGGGCAUGGACAGAGCAGCUGCCCAAGGCUUCUGGGCACCCCCAGCAGCUGACCUUCUUUUCCUUCAGCCCUCCCACCGGCCCCAGUCCCAGCCUGGCCCAAAGCCCCCUGAAGCUGUUCCCCUCGCAGGCUGCCCACCAGCUGGGGGAGGGAGAGAGCUAUUCCAUGCCAACAGCGUUCCCAGGCCUGGUGCCCGCUUCCUCACACCUUGAUGGCUUGGGGAUGGUGGACGCGCCCGUGACCUCAGCCAAGGCCCGGAGUGGGGCUCCGGGUGGAAGCGAGGGCCGCUGUGCUGUGUGUGGGGACAACGCCUCUUGCCAGCAUUAUGGUGUCCGCACCUGCGAGGGCUGCAAGGGCUUCUUCAAGCGCACAGUGCAGAAAAAUGCCAAGUACAUCUGCCUGGCUAACAAGGACUGCCCUGUGGACAAGAGACGGCGAAACCGCUGUCAGUUCUGCCGCUUCCAGAAGUGCCUGGCUGUGGGCAUGGUGAAGGAAGUUGUCCGCACAGACAGCCUGAAGGGGCGGCGGGGGCGGCUCCCUUCAAAGCCCAAGCAGCCCCCGGAUGCCUCCCCUGCGAAUCUCCUCACCUCCCUGGUCCGGGCACACCUGGACUCGGGGCCCAGCACUUCCAAACUGGACUACUCCAAGUUCCAGGAGCUGGUGCUGCCCCACUUGGGGAAGGAGGAUGCCGGGGACGUGCAGCAGUUCUACGACCUGCUUUCGGGUUCCCUGGAGGUUAUCCGCAAGUGGGCUGAGAAGAUCCCCGGCUUUGCCGAGCUGUCCCCCGGGGACCAGGACCUGCUGCUGGAGUCGGCCUUCCUGGAGCUCUUCAUCCUCCGCCUGGCCUACCGGUCUAAGCCGGCUGAGGGGAAGCUCAUCUUCUGCUCGGGCCUGGUGCUGCACCGGCUGCAGUGUGCCCGUGGCUUCGGGGACUGGAUCGACAGCAUCCUGGCCUUCUCUCGCUCCCUGCACAGCUUGGUCGUCGACGUCCCUGCUUUUGCCUGCCUCUCUGCGCUCGUCCUUAUCACAGACCGGCACGGGCUGCAGGAGCCUUGCAGGGUAGAGGAGCUGCAGAACCGCAUCGCCAGCUGCCUGAAGGAGCACGUCUCGGCCGAGGCAGGCGAGCCUCAGCCCGCCAGCUGCCUGUCACGCCUGCUGGGCAAGCUGCCCGAGCUGCGGACCCUGUGCACCCAGGGCCUGCAGCGCAUCUUCUACCUCAAGCUGGAGGACUUGGUGCCCCCUCCGCCCAUCGUCGAGAAGAUCUUUAUGGACACGCUGCCCUUUUGACCCCAGCCCGGGAACACGCGUGCACUCUGUGUGCACGCUCAUACGCCACCCCACGUGCCUUUAGCCCACGGCCCACGGACCCCUGGAGCACCACCCCUCAGCCUGGGCCUGAGCUGCAGACUGGCCGCCCCUCCCCGCCACCUGCUCUGGGAGGUCGGCAGGGAGUUCAUGCCCUGGGGGAGGGGGAUGCGUUCACAGGGGUGACCCUUACUAUUUGUCUUACCCCCCAGCCCAGCCCUGGUCUUUAUGUUUUUGUAAGAUAAAACCGUUUUUAACACACAUACCGCCAUGCUGUAAAUAAGCCGAAUGCUGCUGUAAAUACAGGAAGGAAGAGGUUGAGGUGGGAGUGGGGUUUGGGAGGGAGGGACGGGCCCCCACCAGCCUCCUCCUACUUGCUCUCUCUUCCCGCCCUCCUUCCAUGUGUACAUAGGCUCACUCUAGGAGGAAGACCAGUGACAGAUUCUGACAUUUAUAUUUGUGUAUUUUCCUGGAUUUAUAGUAUGUGUCUUUUCUGAUUAAUAUAUUUAAUAUAUUGAAUAAAAAAUAGACGUGUAGCUGAAGCU